ACAUGAUUUGCCGGCUACUGUAGCGCCGGCCCCGGCCACAAGCUGUCGGCUCGGUUCGGUAGUGUUACAGGGGAGGCGCCGGGGCCAAGGCAGGGGGGGAUCUUAGGAGAGAUCGUAGGACAUCUGAAGAGCUGCCAUGUCUGGGGCAUCUGUCUCAGAACAGAACAACAACAGCUAUGAAACUAAAACCCCAAAUCUUCGAAUGUCAGAGAAGAAAUGUUCAUGGGCCUCCUACAUGACCAACUCCCCGACUCUCAUCGUUAUGAUUGGUUUGCCAGCCCGGGGUAAAACCUACGUGUCUAAGAAACUAACACGCUACCUCAACUGGAUUGGAGUGCCCACCAAAGUGUUUAAUCUUGGGGUGUAUCGGCGUGAAGCAGUCAAGUCCUAUAAGUCCUACGACUUCUUUCGGCAUGACAAUGAGGAGGCCAUGAAGAUCCGCAAACAGUGUGCUCUGGUGGCGCUGGAAGAUGUUAAGGCAUAUCUCACUGAGGAGAAUGGUCAGAUUGCGGUGUUUGAUGCCACCAAUACAACCCGGGAGAGGAGGGACAUGAUUUUGAACUUUGCUGAACAGAAUUCCUUCAAGGUAUUCUUUGUGGAAUCUGUCUGUGAUGAUCCUGAUGUCAUUGCUGCCAAUAUUCUGGAGGUUAAGGUGUCGAGCCCUGACUACCCUGAAAGGAACAGAGAGAACGUGAUGGAGGACUUCCUGAAGAGAAUUGAGUGCUACAAAGUUACCUACCGACCCCUUGACCCAGACAACUAUGACAAGGAUCUUUCUUUCAUCAAGGUGAUAAAUGUGGGCCAGCGAUUUUUAGUCAACAGAGUCCAGGACUACAUCCAGAGCAAGAUAGUCUACUACCUCAUGAAUAUCCACGUCCAGCCUCGCACCAUUUACCUUUGCCGGCAUGGAGAAAGCGAGUUCAAUCUCUUGGGGAAGAUUGGGGGUGACUCUGGCCUCUCCGUGAGGGGAAAGCAGUUUGCCCAAGCUCUAAGGAAGUUUCUGGCGGAACAGGAGAUAACAGACCUCAAAGUGUGGACAAGCCAGUUGAAGAGGACCAUACAGACUGCUGAGUCUCUCGGGGUGCCCUAUGAGCAGUGGAAGAUUCUCAAUGAGAUUGAUGCUGGCGUGUGUGAAGAGAUGACCUAUGCCGAGAUUGAGAAGCGGUACCCAGAAGAGUUUGCACUUCGAGAUCAAGAGAAGUAUCUGUAUCGAUAUCCUGGUGGGGAGUCAUACCAGGACCUGGUACAGCGGCUGGAGCCUGUCAUCAUGGAGCUGGAACGUCAGGGCAAUGUCCUCGUCAUCUCCCACCAGGCUGUCAUGCGCUGCCUCCUGGCCUACUUCUUGGAUAAGGGCGCAGAUGAGCUACCAUACUUGAGAUGCCCUCUCCAUACCAUCUUCAAACUUACUCCUGUGGCCUACGGGUGCAAAGUGGAAACAAUUAAACUUAACGUGGAGGCUGUGAACACGCACCGUGACAAGCCAACUGCAGCAGAGACCACGCUGGCUGUGCGCAGACGCCCUUCCGCAGCAUCCCCCAUGUUUCCUUGCUAAUGAUGUGGAUGUUCAGGCCACACCUCUCCAAAGGACUGGGAUCUACUGAAAAGCUUGGGAUGUCGGCUCCACAGAGGCUAGAACAGGAAGUUGAGUGGGAACUGGACUUUGGGGGCCACCAAAACGAGGCCUGGAGAAACGCCACCACAUUUCCUCCCCUCCUGCCUAAUGGGAAUAUCAGUUACACUGAAAAGUUUAACUUUCCUGUGCCUCAAAACAUUCAGCAACCUGAACCAAUGACUUUUUGUCAUCUCUUUGCUGGGUUUGGUCCAAGUCGGUCAAUCUCAUUCUGUAUAGGCAUUUAACAUCCUAGCUGUGACUGUCUGCAUCCUUUGCUGGCUCUUUUUUGCCCAAAGUGCAAAUGCACUUCUUCAGAUGUACUUUUCAAGUGAGAAGGUAAGAGCUGGUCUCUGCAUCUGUUCCAGGCGAGCAGGCUAGAGUCUAAUAUACAUAUACUAGCAGGUACCAUUUGCCACAUUGGAAGCAAGAGACAAAUCAGGUGAAUGGAGAGUCUUCUGAGAAAUUCAGUCCCUAAAACAUCUUCUGCAGUGAUAGAAGAACAGUGUCAGUAGCAACCUUUUCAUUUAGAGAACUUUUUCUUGUUCCAGGCCCUUCAGGACAGGAUCUGACUGCAAGACUCCCCGAAAUGGGUACCCAUCUUCUAAGUUUCCUUUUGUAGCUACUGUAUUUUCAACUUGAUGCAUGUGCCUCUCAUGCAUCAAGAUGGGGCUGAUGUGGUUCUCCCAGGUGGUUGGGAACGUGGGCUAGAGAGAAAAGUAGAGUGCCAUGUAUAUCACAUGAGUAAGUCAAGAAAGCUCCUUGAAAAUCAGCCCGAUCAGGGAGUGUUUUGGCUUCAGAACAGGUGGAAGGAGACCUGCCCCUCUGUGGGCUCUGUCACCCUGAUGCAGUCCUUGAGAGAGCUGUGGCUGUGACUUGGAGGGCAGUAGUCUCCUGAUACCUGCCUCUUGGCCACUUGUCACUAUUGUGGUCACUGGUCUUUCAUGUAAAAGUGAGGGUGACGGGGUCAUGGACCAGCGCCUCAGUGCAUUAGUCAUUUGUUUUCCCUUACAGACAAAUUAGAUAACUCUUCCCUAGUGAUUGUCAAAUGUAUGAAUGUAUCUCUGUAAAUGUGAUUUUGACAUGUCACUGUUCCUGAAGAGCAUAUGGAAUCCCCACAGGAUAUUAUAUCUUGCAAGGAAAGUCUAUUUUUUUAAAGAAUAGUAUGUUUUUAGCUUUACUUUUCUUUCUUUUUUUUUUUCCUUUUCACUCAAAUGCUCACUUGCUGGGCAAAAGGGUGAGUAGCAAGAAAAGUAACGAAAUGUAGCUUUUCUCAAAUGGUUCUUUUAUACUGUGGAUGAUACAGGACUCUGUUACCUAAGAUGUGAUGAGCUGGGCUGCAGGCGGUUCAGCAUCCAGCAACUAGGAGCUUCUUUUCUAUGCACAAAGCUGCCUUCAGGAAGGCUUCUUACCCUGUAGCUGAUGAUUUUCAUCUGGCUGCCUACCACAUGCUGUACUGUAAUGAUUUUGUUGUGAUAUGGAUUUCUCUCUGCAUCAAAAACUGUCUUUUGAUGAUCAAACAAUGUUUAUAUUUAGUUAUUUAUUCUAUCCAUGUAAGGCGUUUUUGAGUUUUCAUGUCACUGUUUGCAUGUAUUUAAUCAGAAUGUAAUAUAGUUUGUGUUGUCGGGUUUUUUUUUUUUUUUUUUUUUGUAGAAAUGUAGAUAGGUAGACCUUUUAAGUCUAAUGUCAUAUUAGCUUAAGUUAAUUUUAAUUUUCCAGAAUGUAGAUAUCUGUCUUCUGUAAAAGGAAAAUAAUGAUGUUAAGGGACAGUGGAUUUUUUUGAAUACUUUGUUUCUCAUUGAUUUUUAUUAUAAGUGUAAACCAAGAGAUGCAUUUCUCUGGAGAAAUGUUUAUCUCCUGGAUUAAUAAAAUCAUGCUAAAA